AUCACUCUCACACACAACUCAACUACUACAACUUCCAACCACAUACCAACAGCAACAUGUCUGACUCCAUGCGCAAGGGACUCGGCGAGCAGGCCUCCGAGAAGCUCCAGCCCGACUCCACCAAGUCCAACACUGAGAAGGCAUCCGAGUCUCUCAGCGGAGCCGGUGACCGCCUUGCUGGCUCCGUGCAGCCUGAGGGCCAGAAGUCUGCUGGACAGAAGCUCGGCGACAUGACCCGCUCCGGCCACGACGACGCCUCCAACAAGAGCUCCGGCGUCAUGCAGCAAGCUCAGGAGGGUUUGAGCAACGCUGGCCAGGCCAUCUCCGACACCUUCUCUGGCGGACAGAAGAAGUAAACUGCUUCUCGCCCACGCUCUUCACGACACGACCCCGGGAAUGAGGGUCGAUGAUACGUUGCGAUAGGUGCAACAUGACUGUAGCUUAGAAGCCACACAUAUUAUACCCCAACACCUAAUCGAAUCAAACAAUGUCCU